CUUCCACCGAUCCCAGGCCACCCUCCUCCGGAACCCAAACCCAAGCCCAGACCAAUCGACCCUGCAUCCAAAUCUAGGUUUUCGGUUCCCCUCCACAGGAUGUCCGACCCCGCCGCUGGAGGCGCCAUGGUUCCUGCUGCCGGACGCGGCAUCGCAUGGGCGAACGGCGGCCCCCGGUUCGGCGACAUGGUCUGGGCCAAGGUGAAGUCCCAUCCGUGGUGGCCUGGCCAUAUCUACAGCGUCAGCCUCACCGACGACGAGGAGGUACACCGCGGCCACCGCGACGGGCUCGUCCUCGUCGCCUUCUUCGGUGACUCGAGCUAUGGGUGGUUUGACCCCAGCGAGCUCGUCCCCUUCGAGGACCACUUCACCGAGAAGGCGGCCCAGGGCGGCAGCUCCCGCAGCAGCUUUGCCGCCGCCGUGGCCGAGGCCGUCGACGAGGUAGCCCGCCGCAGCGCGCUGGCGCUGCUCUGCCCUUGCGACAUUCCUGACGCCUUCCGUCCCCACCCCAGCGACGGCAACUUCUUCCUGGUCGACGUCCCGGCAUUCGACACCGACGCUGACUACCAACUCGACCAGAUCCGGGCCGCACGGCAGCGAUUCGUGCCGCGGAAGGCGCUCAACUACCUGCUGGACGCCGCCGUGACUCAGCGAGACGCGGCGGAAAAAGCCGCGCGCACCGUGCCUGGGAUGGAGAUGGCCGCGCUGUUCUUGGCGUACCGCCGCGCGGUGUUUUCGCCGAUAGACAACACCUACGCCCAAGCUUUCGGGGUGGAUCCUGAGCUGGCUCUUGCUGCCGAGCAGAAAGCCGCGGCAGAGAGAGCUCAACGAGGUAUCAACAACACUCACAUGCUCAAUUCUAGCUGUACUGUUGUUCUUGUUACUGUGUACUUGAAAUUGAUGGGUAAACAAUGUUCCUACUGCUUUUAUAGAUCAAGCAACAAUUAUUUUGAUGUGAAUAACGGAGUGGAUCUGAUUCAAAUAGUUUCUAUUUCACUUCUGUUUAACUGUUGGUUGCAUUUUUUUUAUCAACGAGAGUGAUUAUUGAAUUUGGGAUGAUAUUCAUGCAGAAACUUGUUGAAUAAAUUGUUUGUUUCACGGGAUUCAGUCCAUCUAACCUAGUAAAAUAUGAGACAUGCAUAUUCACAGAUCAAUCUGCAUUUGUUCUAGAAAUUGAACGGCUGUGUGAUAUAGUAUCAUAUACGUGUCUAUACGAUACUAUCCUGAUAUGUAUGCUGAGUUAGGUCUUUUCUCAUUCUAGCUUUUCUCUAGGAAAAAAAACACCAUCCAUGAUCUUGUUGGCAUGAAAUGUUUAAAGUUGUGACUAGUUUGUAUCAUGAAGGUUUAAAGCCAUGACUAGUUAGCAUGAGCCUGUUAUUGGAGUCUUGAGAUGUUUUAUUUCUAUAUGUCCAUACACUUACAUGACUAGGAAGUUUUCUCUGCAGUAUAUUUGGUUCUUUUGCACUAUGGUGACAAUUAUUAUACAUUUGGAACUUGUGUUUCCUUCCUAUUUUAGUUUUUGUUGUUGCACAUCAGUUUCCUGUCCAUAUUAAGUUAUGGGUUCACAUAUAAAAGCUGCAUUUUUUUUAUCAAAUUGUUAAGUUUGCUUGUCAAGGAGGAUACACCUAGAUUAGACAAGUUGAUCCUUACGCAUGUAGCCAGUACAGAGCAAUGAAAUCCAUGUUUUGUAAACAGAAGUGCGAUAAACUGUGUGAAACUGAUUCUGAAUGAACGCCCAUGCAUAUCCAACCUAGUAAAAUAUUAGACAUGCAUACCCACAGAUCGAUCUGCACUUGGUCUAGAAACUGAAGGCCUUUGUGAUAUAGUAUCAUAUAUGUGUCAUUUUUUCUUUAUGAUGCCAUCCUAAUAUGUAUGAUGAGUUAGUUCUUUUCUCAUUCUAGUUGUCUUAGGCAAAAAAAAAAAAAAAAUUCCAUGAUCUUGUUGGCAUGAAGUGUUUGAAGUUAUGACUAAAGCUA